GACCAACAUUAACGGUGGUUCUAAAGUAUGUCCUUAGCGUUAAAGUGAUUAAAAAUAAAUGCAAUUAAUCGGUAAAUUAGUGCGACGUCCUUAGCGUAGAUACAUUUGAGCGCGUCCUUACGUGCAACGUGUCGUAUCCGGAGUGGCCGAUGAGCUUUCGUGAGGGGAGUCUGAAAAAUGGAUCGACAUUUUCAUUUCUUGGUCUGUUUCGUUCUCAACGAGGGCGAUUGAAAAGGCGAUUUCGACGGAUAUCCUCAUCUCGUCUCUGCCGGUUCUCUCGACGGAUCUCUCGACGGAUAUCCUCAUCUCGUCUCUGCCGGUUCUCUCGGUGGUUCUCUCGACGGUUCUCUCGACGGAUCUCUCGGUGGUUCAAGCGACGGUUCAGUCGGCGGUUCAAUCGACGGUUCACUCGGCGGUUCUCCUCUCUCUUCUCUGCGAUUCGAAAGUUAAAGGGUGAGGUGAGGCGAGGAUCAUCUACAACCCUAUUUCAAAGCUGCUGAGGCGAGGAUCAUCUACAAUAAGACAGACAACCAAACCAUUUCGUCCAGAGCUCUAGGUAAUUAACUUUCUAUUCAGGUCCCAAGUGAUGUAGUUGGUAUAUAAGUCGUGUAGGCAUGUAGUUAUGUAGUUAAUCUCUAGUUUGAUUGCAACCAAAGCGUUUAGACUUGAACUCGUUAACUUGAAAUUUGUCUCUAGUUUGAUUGGAACCAAAGCGUUUAGACUUGAAGUAAUGUGUAUUAACUGAGUUGAAGUUAAUGUCUCUUGGUAGUUAUAUGUCAUGUUAUGGCUGUGUAAUGUGUAUUAACUGAGUUGUACUUUUGUAGUUAGGUCAUUAUGAUUGUCUUAGUUAAUUUUUUCUUUCACUCUUCUCUGCUUUAACUCACUCAUCUCCCUUCUUAAUGCUAUUUAACCAUCUUGCCAGAAACGAUUUUAUCACCAUCAUCUUCUUUCUCUCUUCUCUUCUUUCGUUCAGUCCUCUCUCUUCUUUAUUCUCCUUUCACAUCUCUCUUCUAUGGAUCCAAGGACACCGUAUAGCCAGUCUGCUGGUUAUAUGGGCCUUCUUCAAAGUCAAGAAGGAAGUCUUCAUCAUGACAACUCUCCUUAUGAGAGUUAUCAUUCUGGAUCUUCGCAGAUCCCUCUGUUCAGUUCACAACAAAGCGAGGCUCCAACUCCACCUACAGACAGUCCCGUGGAGCGUGCAAAGAGACAUAAAUGGACCCCAGUGGAGGACGAGAUGCUGAUCAGUGCCUGGUUAAACACUUCUAAAGACCCUAUUACCAGCAAUUACCAAAAGUCGGGGACAUUCUGGAAACGAGUAGGGGAUAGUUUCUUCGAAGCUCUGAAUGGUGGACCUGGUGGUGACACAUCCGCGCAUCGGAAUUACAAGCAGAGGUGGCACAAAAUAAAUGAUCUUGUCAACAAGUUUUGUGGUGCAUAUGCGGCUGCGGAGAGAAGAAUUACUAGUGGUCAGCAUGAGAAUGAUGUUCUGAAGGUGGCCCACGACAUAUACUUCGCUGAUCAGGGCUAUAAAUUCACACUUGAACAUGCGUGGUGCGUGUUGAGGUAUGAGCAGAAAUGGGUUAACCUCAACCCCACUAAAUCUUCUGGAGGUUCUAAGAGGAAGGCAGAUUCAGAAACUUCAACCACAAGUGAAAGUGUAAAGGCUGGUGAGGAUGCUCAGACAAGACCUGAAGGUGUAAAGGCUGCAAAAGCAAGACGCAGUGCAAUGGGUAAGGGGAAGUCUGUUGCUGACUAUACAGCGGUUUGGGAGAUGAGGAAGGAAGAUUUGGAGAAGAAAGAAAAACUGACAAAGUUUGCCAUCUUAGACAGUCUGAUAGCCAAAUCCAAAACCACCACACUCACUCAGGCUGAAGAAGUAGCCAAAGAGAAGCUCCUCGCGGAGUAUUUCUAGAUAUUAAGUUGUUUGGUUCGUUUGUAUGCUUUUUAUGUGAUCGGUCUCUAUAUUAAGUUGUAUGUUUUGUUUGUAUGCUUCCUGGUUGUUUUUAAUUAAGCAUAGGUUUGUAUCAUUAAUCAUAAGUUUGUAUGUUUUUAACGUUAUCAUAAGUUUG